GCUGGGUGUCACAAUCUUGACAAAAUUUGUAUUCAUAGAAACAAGCUUAUAAAUAUCAUUGACCAUAAUUAUUACUUUUUCAUAACUUCUAACAGAUACUGAGAGAGAGUUGGCAUCACUCAAGGAAUUGUCAGAGAUUAGGCUACAAGAAAUAAAGCAAUUAAAGCUGGAACUUGAAGAGAACAAUUACAACAUGUAUGCAUCUGCUUCUGAUGUAUCAACUGAUGAAUCAUUUGAUAGUGAUACAUCCAUACAAGAGGCUGGAGAAGUGGUGUGGAGUCAUAAAGGUGUCCAUUUCAUCAAUUCAUCAGUAGAUCAAUGCAUGGAGGUAGUCAAUAAACUGGAGAACCAUCAUAAAAUAUUGAUAUUUAGUAAGUCUUCAUCUGAGAAUAUCCAGUUUCUAAUACCAAUUGUAUUGAAGCAAGGAACAAUAAAAAAACUUGUCAUACAGUCCACAUUAUUAACUCGUGAUGAUAUUCUCUCAUUUUCAUCUCAGCUAUCAAUCAACAAAUCACUAACAUUUUUAAACCUGACCCGUGAUUCAAUGAGGGAUGAUGGACUCAUUACAUUAGUGCAAUCACUACAACAUAACAGAACAUUGGAAUCCUUAGAUCUUAGUUACAAUCCUAGCAUCACUUCAGCCAGUGUUCCAUCACUGGCUGAACUUUUACUCACAAACAGCACACUUAGUUACCUUGAUCUCAGCCAUACUAGCAUUGAUACUGAUGGAGUAAUGAUACUAAUGGAAUCAUGCAAGACCAAUAAUACACUCAAGAAAUUUAGGCUAGUCAGCAACAUAACUGAUAGUGUUGUGUAGGCAUGGAGGGAGGGGCUAGCUACAUGAGACUACAUAACUGAUAUAUAAUAUAAAAUAAAAUAUUAUUUUCUUAUAGGCAAAUAGUUAUUGUUAAUAUUUCAGUAUAUUAAUUUUUGUAAAUAGUGAAACAGAAGCAUCUUUAUGUAGGAAGAGGAAAAA